GAAGCUUUUGUUCCGGACGAACAACCCUAAUCCCAUUCCCAACUCUGCCCCACGCCCCUCCAAAAACAUCAAAAUCCCCCUUCCACCAAUCCGAUCCUCGCUUAGCCCUUCCCCAUCCGCCGCGCUCGAUCGGAUCGUCUUCCGUUCAUCUCUCUUCCCGGUCCUUGAUUCGAGCAGCGGCGAGCGACAAUGCCUCCGAAGCAGCAGCAAUCCAAGGCGGACGUGGCGAAGAAGCAGAAGGUCGUGGAGGACAAGACGUUCGGGCUCAAGAACAAGAACAAGAGCAAGAACGUCCAGAAGUACGUCCAAUCGCUCCAGCAAUCGGUCCAGCCGAAACCCGACGCCUCGAAAGUCGCCGCCAAGAAGAAGAAGGAGGAAGAGAAGGCCAGGGAGAAGGAGCUCAAUGAUCUAUUCAAGAUUGCUGUCAGCCAGCCAAAAGUGCCUGUUGGUGUUGAUCCCAAAUCUAUAUUAUGCGAAUUUUACAAGGCGGGGCAGUGUACUAAAGGCUUUAAAUGCAAAUUUUCCCAUGAUUUGAAUGUCCAAAGGAAGGGUGAGAAGAUAGACAUUUACAGCGAUAAACGCGACGAAGAAACAAUGGAGGAUUGGGAUCAAGAGACAUUGGAGAAGGUUGUGGAGUCAAAGAAGAACGAAUAUAAUCAGAAUAAGCCCACUGAGAUUGUUUGCAAGUACUUUUUGGAGGCAGUUGAAAAGAAACAAUAUGGUUGGUUCUGGGUAUGCCCAAACGGUGGAAAAGAGUGCCACUAUAGACAUGCUUUACCACCAGGAUAUGUUUUAAAGUCGCAAAUGAAGGCACUUAUUGAGGAAGAAGCUGAAAAGGCCCCCAUUGAAGAUGAGAUUGAAGACCAGCGAUCGAAAUUGACUGCUUCAACUCCAAUGACUCCCGAUUUAUUCAUGCAAUGGAAGAUGAAAAAGAUUGACGAAAGGGAAGCCGGUUUGGCUGCUCAGCGAGCAGAAAGGGCCAAGAAUGACCGCAUGAGUGGGCGCGAGUUGUUUCUUUCAGAUGCUAGCUUAUUUGUGGAUGAUGCUGAGGCAUAUGAGAAGUACCAGAGAGAUGAAGAACUGGAAGAUGCCAAAGACAAUGGAGGAGAGAAAUCAGCAGAGGGGGGACCGAGCACAUCAAGAAGUGCGGUGGCCGAAUCUGAAGAGGUCCUGCUCGAUGACGACGACGACGAGCUGGACAUGGAUGAAUUAAAUGAACUUGAAGCUAGUUUGUCAAGAACGUCAAUUCAAAUUCGCGAGCCAGGAAUUGAGACUUCAUCCUGAAAGAUCAAGUGGGAGAGAGGUUGCUCUGGAAGCUUUGCCCAACUUGAGAGCAGAUUGAAUGUUCCGGUUAGAUCAUCUUUUUUGGGACCCGUUUUCUGCAUCAUUAAUUGUUCUGAAUUAGGGGUGAUACCAGUUUUGAUUUAGUCGUCCCGGCGUAGCUGAAUAAUGUAAUUAUUCACAUAUGAAAGACUGACUGGUCAAGGUUGUAUUUGCGAAA